AUGCGGCCUGUUCCUGACUUGCCGUCUUUCGCCCGCAAACCCUCCCUCGAGCACUCCCCGUCCCUUGAUCCCCGCACCGCUGCCCCCGCUACAUUCUUCCUAUCGCGAAGUCCGCAUGCUUCCGAUGACGAGCCCAACUCCCCUGUCGAUGAACCUGCCGACCUCAAAGAGAGCAUGUACGGGGGGGAGACCUUAUCUCGCUCCGAACUGGCUGCAAGCUCCCCGCGCUCGAUCCCUGGAGACAGCCAGUUCAUGAAUAGUCCGUCCCAAGGAUCCGAGGACUCAGAGGAAGCCCAGAGCUCACGGCGUCGAUCAACGAUCAAGCCUUUUGGUUAUGGAGUGCAGGACUCCCCAUCGCGACCAACCCCAUCCGAUACUGUCUCGCGCCCACCGACCCCGCUGAACCCCGACGAGCCAUGCUCGCUGCCUAGCAGUCCUAAGUCCAUCUCGAAUCAUUCAUUUCGGCCGCUUGACGAUAUCUCCAUUACAGAUGAAAUAUACAGUCAGCCCCUCAUGUCGAGAGACGAAGAGGAAAGGUCCGGGGCAUCACCUCGUCUUGGCCCUGGCGGGGCUGGAGCUUCUCAGCUCAUCAUGCCUAGUCUGACGAUGCCCAGUCGGCGACCAUUUACCGGCCGAGGAAAGGCUAUGGGUAGAUUCAAAGUACUCUUGGCUGGAGCUCCGGGAUCCGGAAAAUCAUCCCUGAUAAAAUCCAUUGUUCAGAUAAGUGAGGAUAUUGUGCAUAUCGAUUCCCUGGAUACUCUUUCCUCGGUGACCUCACUCGAACGCCGCCGGUCGUCGCAUCUCCACUUCGGGGUCCCCACUCGCGGGAUGUCCACCGCCGUGACCGAGAUCUACGCUAGUACCAAACCGUAUCCCUCGUGGUGGUCUGAUCUAGAGGACUCGCGCGUGUUGCGACGCCGGAAAAGCAUUGGCGAAAUUGUAUUGGAGCGAAACCUCUGUUUUGUCGAUACACCCGCUACUUCCCUGAGCCGGGCAGGGCAAACCGAUGCCAUCGUCCAGUACAUGCGGCAGCAAUUCCACCGAGCAACCACAGCCCUCGCGAGCUCAGGCGUAGAUUUCCAAAAUUUGCUUGCUGGAAAUGGCGGCUCCCAAGUUGAUGCAGUCUUGUACUUGAUAUCUGAGGAAACUUUGCCGACAGAUGUUGAAUGCAUUCGCAAGCUCUGCGAUCUGAGCAAUGUCAUCCCAGUCGUUUCCAAGGCAGACAAUUUGACCGACGAGCAGAUCACCUUGCUGAAGAACAAGUUCCACCAGCGAGCUCAGGAUGCCGGAAUCAAGCCCUUCCUAUUUGGCAAUCAACAGCCUGGAGAGCUUGACGGACUCGAACCACAGCCUCCCUAUGCAGUAUCGUCCGAGAAAACUGCCGACAUGGAAGUCAUGGACGCCAGUACACUGAUGAGUCCAGAUUACGUACAACCGCUCAUCGUAUCUGAACUUAGCACUUUGGUAGAGAAGUUGUUCGACCGGGACAAUCUCGCCUGGAUGCGCCACUCAGCUGCGAAGAAACUAGCGCAGCGCCGCGGCGAUUUCCCACCAGCUCCACUAACUGCAGCACCACUUCUCAACCCACUCUCAGGUGCCACUACCGGUGGAACAGGCUGGCGCGGCGUAUCAGGAGCAUCUAUGAACUCAUCCAUCUCUUCAACCAGCGACUCACCCCCCAGCUACACAAUGGCCCGGAUCACAGACUACACACGACACGAAGAGCGAAUGGCUCAAGUGCGACUUGCCCACUGGGCAACAGACCUGCAGCGCAGCCUACAAAACGAGCGUGACCGAUACUCCGCCCUGGCCCGCGGCGAUCGCGCCGUAUGGCUGACCGAGAAACUGAGCGAAUGUGUCAUAGAUGGCUCCCUCGUGCCCAUCUCCCAGACUCCCGGUUUCUGUGGUCUACACAUCCCCAUCGGCGAGAAAGGUCCGAGCGGGCUACAUGCCAUGCGACCCCCAGGAUCAAAGGACUACCGCUUCACAAAUAUGAGUCCCCAUGACCCUCUCGGCGUGGUUGGCUGGAUUGACGACAUCUCCCGACGCAGCUGGAUUAUCGUCCAAAUCGUCGGCAGUGUCGGUGUAGUUGGCGGGCUGGCACUUUGGCUUGCCCGGACGUGGGGAGUUUCCACUAAGUCCCUAUCAGACCUCCAGCUGGACUACUGGGUUGGACGUAUGGAGCGAUAA